AUGGAGCAGGAUGAAGGCCUCGACGACAUGGCCCAAAUGAUGGGCUUCUCCGCCUUCGGCUCCCAGGACCGCCCGCAGAAGAAGCGCAAGUACAACCCAAACGCCGACUCCUUCGUUGAGCGCCAGCCUCCCCAGGCCGCCACCACGAGCUCCAACUCAAUCCCCCUGGGACCGCCGCCCGUCGUGACCAAGCCAUCCACCAACGCGGAUGAAAUUGAUCUCGAGGAUGACGACGGCGAGGACGGCUCACACGCCGUGAAGGGGACCGUGCCGGGCGGAGGGAGCAAUGCUCAAUCAGGCAUGAACAGCUUGCCCCGGCGCCCAGCGGUAGGUGCGGGCGAGGACGGUCCUUCCAACGGGGCUCACCCGGAUCACGGAUCGCGGACGCAGCACAACAACCGCGCCGCAGGCCAUGGUGGCCACGGAGGCAAGCCGUGGUACGAUGGCUACUACGACAGCAUCUCCAAUGAGAAUCCAUGGGAGAAGCUGGAAAAGGCCAUGAAUUUGCAACCCAUUGGCGGUGUUUGGAAAUGA